AUGGAGCUCAUCACCACCGCCUGGUCAUCCUUUCCCCUGCUCAUCGCGCUCUCCCUCGCCCUCGCCGCCUCGGCCCUCUACUUGCUGCACGGCCGUCACGGGGGGCCGAAGAAGGGGACAGGCAAGGCUCUCCCUCCCGGCCCGCCGGGGCUGCUCUUCCUGGGCAGGUUCCUGGCGCUCCGGCGAUCCGUCUUCCACCUCGGCCCGAUCCUCCGCGACCUGCACGCGCGCUACGGCCCCGUCGUCUCCGUCCGCCUCUCCCGCACGCUCGUCUUCGUCGCCGACCGCCGCCUCGCGCACCGCGUGCUCGUCCAGGGCGGCGCCACCUUCGCCGACCGCCCGCCGCUCUCCGACCCCGGGCUGCUCUUCACCUCCGGCGCCCGCGACAUCAGCACCUCGCCCUACGGCGCCUACUGGCGCAUGGUCCGCCGCAACCUCGCCGCCGAGGCCCUGCACCCGGCCCGCGUCGCGCUCUACGCGCCGGCGAGGCGGCGCGCGCGGGACUCGCUCGUCCGCGACCUCCUCCGCGCGCGCGGCGCUGGCGAUGACGUCGCGGUGAGGCCGGCGUUCCGGCGCGCCAUGUUCGAGCUGCUCGAGGAGGUCCAGGAGCUGCAGCUGCGGAUCCUGCGCUCCAUCACCAGCUUCCCCAUCUUCUCCUUCUUCCCGGUGCUCACCAAGCGGCUCUUCCGGCGGCGGUGGGACGGGUACGUGGCCGUGCGCCGCAGGCAGGACGAGAUCUUCCUCCCGCUGAUCCGCGCCAGACGAGAGCGGGACGCUGACGGCCCUCCGUGCUACGCCGACUCCCUCCUCGCGCUGCGCGUGGCCGAGGAGGGCGGCCGCCCGCUCACGGACGCCGAGGCGGUCUGCCUCUGCUCCGAGUUUUUGAACGGCGGCACCGACACAACGGUCACCUCACUAGAGUGGAUCAUGGCGGAGCUGGUGAAUCGCCCCGACAUACAAUCCAAGGUCUACGAGGAAUUCAAAGACAAGACAGAGGUCGACGACGGGGACCUGCAGUCGACGCCGUACCUAAAGGCCGUGGUGCUUGAGGGGCUCCGGCUGCAUCCGUCGGGCCACUUCCUCCUCCCGCACGGCGUGCAGAGCGACGGCGCGGAGGUCGGGGGGCACGCGAUGCCCAAAGGCGCGGAGGUCAACUUCCUGGUCGCCGACUUCGGGCGCGACGAGGCGGCGUGGACGGCAGCGAAUGAGUUUCGACCGGAGCGGUUCUUGGAGGGCGGAGAGGGGUACGGCGUGGACCUCACGGGGAGCAGGGAGAUCAAGAUGAUGCCUUUCGGUGCUGGCCGCAGGAUGUGCCCGGGAUACACGCUUGGCAUGCUGCACGUGGAGUACUUCGUCGGCAGCCUCGUGAGGGAGCUGGAGUGGCUUCCGGCGGUGGAGGGGCAGGAGGUGGACAUGACCGAGGAACUGGAUUUCACCACCGUGAUGAAGCAUCCGCUCCGUGCUCGCGUUGUCCCGAGGCCUUGA